CCAGCCCAGCGACCCUGACUAUUUACUUCCCAGCCAGAGACCCUACCUUUUUCUGUUUUUACCUUGUCCUUCUGCCACAAGGUCUAGCUCCCCCAUAACAUACACUCUCCGCAUCUCUUCUUAGCUACAUACCCGCCACCCGAGGCCCCCACCGCCCACAAUGGCUGCCGCGCACCAGAACCAGUCGCAGCCCAUCUUCCCUGACAGCUAUGUCGGUUUCGACAGCAUCACCAAGCAGAUUGAGCGCAAGUCAAUCAAGCGGGGCUUCCAGUUCAACGUCAUCUGUGUUGGCCAGACGGGUCUGGGCAAGUCAACUCUCAUCAACACGCUCUUCGCCUCGCACCUCAUGGACAGCAAGGGCCGCUUCCAGCCCGACGAGGAGGUCCGCAGCACUACCAACAUCCACCCUGUCUCACACAUCAUCGAGGAAAACGGCGUGCGUCUCCGCCUCAACAUCGUCGACACCCCCGGCUACGGCGACCUGAUCAACAAUGAACGCUGCUGGGACCCCAUUGUCAAGUACAUCAAGGACCAGCACAGUGCCUACCUCCGCAAGGAGCUCACUGCUCAGCGUGAGAGGUACCUCCAGGACACGCGUAUCCACUGCUGCUUGUUCUUCAUCCAGCCAUCUGGCCACGCCCUGAAGCCCAUUGACAUUGUUGUCCUCAAGAAGCUUAGCGAGUUUGUCAACGUCGUUCCUGUCAUUGCCAAGAGUGACAGCUUGACGAUGGAGGAGCGUGCUGAGUUCAAGCACCGAAUAAAGGAGGAGUUCCAGUUCCACAACCUGCGCAUGUACCCCUACGACAAUGAGGAGGAUGACAGCGAGGAAGUUCAGGCAAAGCAGGCCAUCAAGGAGCUCUUGCCCUUUGCCGUUGUCGGUUCCGAGAGGACUGUUGUUGUUAAUGGCAAGAACGUCCGUGGUCGCCAGAACAAGUGGGGUAUUAUCAACGUCGAGGACGAGAACCACUGCGAAUUCGUAUACCUCCGCAACUUCCUUACCCGCACCCACUUGCAAGACCUGAUCGAGACAACGGCACAAAUCCACUACGAAUCGUUCCGUGCUAAGCAGCUGCUUGCGCUCAAAGAAAGCAGUGCCCACGGAGGCCACUCCUCGCGCCCCAUCUCACCUGCCGCUGAUCGCGAGCUCAGCAGGAACAGCCAGCGCAUGACCAUGAACGGGUACUAGGACUUCCCGCACCAUAGUCGCGUCGAUAGCAAUACAGGCAGGCCUGGCGGCCCUCCACCGCCACGUAUGGAUCCACGCUCGGACAGGCACUUUUCUAUGGAUCCGGCCUGAGCUUUUCGUGUCUGAGGGAGCAGUGCGUGAGGAGGGUAGUUUGGAACGUUUUGAUACCAGUGCAUCAUCUAGCACGAAAAUGGGGAGGGAGGGAGCGACAGGCUUUGCGGCACACUUCAGAUUUGACACCUUUCUCAAUAUCCUUUUAGUUACGAUGGACCUUUUUAACUUCUUUCUGAUCUCGUAUGUCAUAGCACGGUGUAGUGGGUUGGGCUGAGACCUGGGUUGUCGCCCAGAUUCCUUCUAGGAUAGCAAAGUAAUUCGAAGCCAACUGGUC